CUCUAUUAAAAUAAUUGGAAUAUGUACUCACUCAACUCAACGAAACCAUUGUAGCCCAAGCAUCAUCAAAGGCCGCCGCAAGAACGUAGAAUUUGUUCUCGCUGAUUCUGUCCGUGUAAGAAAAAGAAAGAAGAAGUAAAAGAGAGUAAUCUACCACUACCGUUACCAUCAUCACUCGACCCGAGGGAUCAUUUUUACUUUUUCGGUUCAGCUCAAGUUUAAUGGGUCCUAAGCAAUGUCAAAUCUGCCUCGAAGCUCAGUCUAAGUACAAAUGCCCUAAAUGUUACAUACUUUAGUGAGUAAUAAUACCCAAACACUUAUCUUAAGUUUUUUUAUUUUUUAUUGUUGUUAUUAUUACUUGAUAUCUUUUAUGCUAUCAUUUGAUGUUGUAUUUUUCUGCUGUAGUUGCUCUCUGCCCUGUUUCAAGAAACACAAAGAACUUCCAUGUGUCAAUCCGACAUCUUCAGAGGUCAAAACAACUGUUUUGGAAUCAGUUGUAGAAAAGCCAUCAGUUAUUGAUAAUGCGAUGUUGGAAGCACUUGUAGCAAAUCCAUUAGCUGUUGAUAAGAAAGAAGUGUUGGAACAAUCCCAACUAGAAGCUCUAGCCUCUUCCAGUGAGAUUCGUGAUGCUUUGAACGAUAAGGCCCUUCAAGAACUAAUUUGCGGUAUUGCUUGUUCCCCAAAUGCAGAGAAUGAACUGGAUAAAGCUAUGGCAGAGGAGGCAUUUCAGAUGUUCACAGACAAGAUUUUAUCAACUAUCAACCCCUGAAUGCAACUAUGCAUGCAUGCACUAAUUGCCGAAAGAAGAAUCUGUGGAAGAAAGUCAGGUCAGAUAUGAAAGAAAUAGCAGAUGAGCCUAAAAUAUUGCUCUGGUUUUGGUAAAUCAGUUAGUCCUUUUUCAUUUGUACAGCUCUACCCUCUUAUUCAGUGUUUGUAUCUUCAUUGAGCUCAUGUACCGGUAUAACAUUGAUUUUGAUAUACUUGGUUUUUUUGCCAGUAUAAUAUAACCUCCAAAUUUGUAA